AUGAAGGCUCAAGACACCAAAACACUGCCCAGAUUUCGGUCUGACAUUGAACGUGAUUUCUUUGCCCAGUGGCCGACCCCUGAGGCGGAGCAACAGAGUGCUGAACAACAGGUCAACACCAACCCUAAGAACAAGAAGAAAAAGAAAAAGAAGACUGCCAGUGUUACUAUGGAGCUGCCAGUUGUCUUGGACCUUGCAGUCUGGAUGGCAAAGUGCAAAGAAACAAUCUAUAAUUGGUUCAAUAACCACCAGCUGAGCAAGGGUCGGCGCACCGGCAAAGUCGGCAAGAAUGUCCAGCUCACCUUACAGCCUUCAGGGUCACGCAUUCCUUCCGAAUCCCAAAUUUAUUCCAAGUUAUACUAUGAAACGCGCAUGAAGCCUCAAGUGGAGUUGGAACUUCAACGCCUGAAGCCAGAAGACGAGACCAAGGGUGAUGAUGGCAUCGAAGGGGACAAGCAUAUCACCAUCAUCAAUAGAGUCACAGCCGAGGUUUACAAGAAGGAGACAGAAGAAAUCAAAACGCAAGUCCAUGCUGAGAGAGAGGCCCGCAUUAAGGCAAAAGAAACAAUGACGGACGCCAUGAAGACCGUGCUUGACCCGGCCACGCAAACAACACCAGCGGGCCUUAUGUUAGCACAAGCGGCACUUCCUGACAUGAUUCAGGAUUUUGUCAACACUUUGACUGAACGCACAUGUUGGUCAUUUAUGGUUCUUGCUGGCGGACCUUGUGCAGUGAGAGAUGGGGUCAUAUGGACGAUCGCGGUCCACAGCAGCAUGAAUGCUCAUGGUUGCCAUUUUGGCCAGUCCCAUGCCAAGUUCAAGGACAAUAUAUUAGCGCCGUUCUCAAAGUUUUUGCAUGGAGUUUACCCUGCUGGUGUUUGUGAAACCUUUCGCUCCACUUCAUCAGAAGACCCAAACACCGUGAGCCUGGCUUCAGCAACACAAGAUCUUGUCACACCGACUUCGGCAUCCAGUACGCACCAGGAGGCUCCAGUCACUCCUGCACCCGCCGCCCUGAUAGUCGUGACAGUCACAGCAAGUGCGGCCUCCUGCAUGGCGCAGGCACCUCCUCCUCCUGUCAUGCCCAACCCACUCGCAUCGAGUCCAUCCUCCAAACCCUGUCCUGUAACCACCCCAGUCAUGCCUGCCGCGGCCCCUAUCCCAGAGAUGAAAAUGCCGGUCAUGCCCACCACAGCCCCCAUGGUCGUCACCCCAGACACGACCACCGCAGCCUCCAUGGCGGUCCAGAUGCCUCCUCCCAGAGCGUGUGGUGCCAUUGCGUCAAGCCUAACCUCUCUUGAGGGAGUUGCCCCUGCCCCUACCACAUCGCUUGCAACAAAUCCUGGUAUACCGAUGGGCAACCUCCAUGUGCACGCCCCUGCUGCGAUGCCUGGCAGUACGCUGCGAGUAGCCGCAGCAUCGGUGGGAGGGGCUGGUGCAUUUGUGGAUGUAGCUGGUGCAUUCCUUGCUGGCGGUGGGUCUGGUGGCACAGGAUAUGCCCAUGGAGGGGGGUUUGGAAAUGGAUGCAGCAACAACAGCGGAUAUGGGGCAAAUGGUGGAUACUCUGGAGGGUAUGGGAACAGCAAUGGGUAUGGAAACAGUGGGGGAUACGGCCACGCUAUGGCAUAUGGGAAUGCCGCAGGCUACACGCAACACAACACCACGACAGAUUCUGUAGUUGGGGGGGUCGGAUUUGGGGGCAGGGUAACAGGUGGAACGUACAUGCAAACGGCAACGCAGAACAUUCCUGUGCUCCAGGAUUCCUCCGCGGCGAAUCAGGCGACCAACAGAGACGGCUAUAACUUCCCCGACAUUCCUUAUGGCACUAACGGUGACGAGGAAAUGUUUACGUUGAUGCCAGAGUUCUUCCCCCCUGAUCUGUUGGCCGGUUUGUCUGAGCCCAAUGAAAUAAUGAUGAGCCAGAUCAUUGGAGAGGACCAAGACUUACAGAUGAAUUCACUUGGUGGACAGAUGCCCGCUGAAGCAGCGUACACCAGCCAGCUUCUCCUCCCCCAACCAAUCCCUGAAGGGAUAACCCCACCAUCCUCAUUGCCGACUGUAUUGACAUCCAUCGAAGAACUGGCAACAGCUCCUCAAGUGUCUGCAGAAACACCUUCUGAGAAACCAAAACAUGGGGGACCUAAGGCAACCAAACAGGCGAACAACAAGAACAAGAAUUGUGGACCACACACUCAGAAACCCAUGACUUCGAAGGAGGUCGUUCCGCUGACUGCUAAGGAUAUGCCCAUAUCGCCGCCUGAAUGGCUGACAACAGCUCACAUGUACCUAAAGGAGGGGGCAGACGAUGCAGGAUGGCUCGAGUGUGUGGCAGCUUGGUUCAGGUUUGAAGAGCAAGUUCUAUUGGAGUCUACUUCGCACCGUCUUGCUGCGAAACACCGCCCCGAUGCGCUGAGUCGGUGGUUGUCAAGCCGCAAGUAUCCACCGCCAGCUGUGGAGGACCAGGCUGCCUUCGGUGGUCAAUGGAUUGGGUGGUGGAAUAGCCUGCAACCCGAAUGGCAUCAAGUUGAGGCGCAAGACCAUUUCCCUCUUCCUUUGAGCAAGGCGGAAGACGGAGACGAUGUGAUGUUGUUGAGAAAGGGUGGUCCUUCCGGUUUGGUGACGGUUAUGAUAAGCUUGAAGUGGUGGACGACCGACGCUCGUUGGAAAGAGGCCAUUACUGACGUGAAGGAUUGCCUCAAGCAGGUUGUAAAGGGGACGAAGAAGCGCAAAGCAUCCACGCAGCAGAGGAGGGGUAGUAAGAGGUCAAGGAAAGUGUGA